CCCUCUCUGGGCAGUAUAAAAGCUCUUCCCAGAUCAGGUUCUGUCCUUUUUUGUCUCUCCUGUAACUCUGCUUCUUGGUUUCUGUGGACUGAGCCGGAGAAUAAAAUGGGAAAGGAAAAGACCCACAUCAACAUCGUGGUCAUCGGCCAUGUUGACUCCGGGAAGUCCACCACCACCGGCCACCUGAUCUACAAGUGCGGAGGAAUCGACAAGAGAACCAUCGAGAAGUUCGAGAAGGAGGCCGCUGAGGUGGGUUCCUGCAGCACUUUAUCCUGUUGGAGCCUCAUUAGGGUGGAUGACAGCAAAGCUGCAGUCAUUUCAGUGAUGAACACUGCUGACUGUGCUGUCCUGAUCGUCGCUGCCGGCGUGGGUGAGUUCGAGGCUGGUAUCUCCAAGAACGGCCAGACCCGUGAGCACGCCCUGCUGGCCUACACCCUGGGCGUGAAGCAGCUCAUCGUCGGCGUCAACAAGAUGGACUCCACCGAGCCCCCUUACAGCCAGAAGCGUUUUGAGGAAAUCCAAAAGGAAGUGAGCACCUACAUCAAGAAGAUCGGCUACAACCCCGCCACCGUGGCCUUCGUCCCCAUCUCUGGAUGGCACGGAGACAACAUGCUGGAGGCCAGCGACAAGAUGAGCUGGUUCAAAGGUUGGAAGAUCGAGCGUAAGGAGGGCGGAGCUACAGGUGUCACGCUGCUGGAGGCCCUGGACUCCAUCAUGCCCCCCAGCCGUCCCACCGACAAGCCCCUCCGCCUGCCGCUGCAGGACGUCUACAAGAUCGGGGGUAUCGGAACCGUCCCCGUCGGCCGCGUUGAGACCGGCGUCCUGAAGCCCGGCAUGGUUGUCACCUUCGCUCCCCCCAACCUGACCACUGAGGUGAAGUCUGUGGAAAUGCACCACGAGUCUCUGCCCGAAGCUCUGCCCGGCGACAACGUCGGCUUCAACGUCAAGAACGUUUCCGUGAAGGAAAUCCGUCGUGGGAACGUCGCUGGUGACAGCAAGAACGACCCGCCUCUGGCUGCUGAGAACUUCACCGCUCAGGUCAUCAUCCUGAACCACCCCGGCCAGAUCGCCCAGGGUUACGCCCCCGUCCUGGACUGCCACACCGCUCACAUCGCCUGCAAGUUCAGCGAGCUCAAGGAGAAGAUCGACCGGCGUUCCGGCAAGAAGCUGGAGGACAACCCUAAGGCUCUGAAGUCCGGGGAUGCCGCCAUCAUCACCAUGGUGCCCGGGAAACCCAUGUGUGUUGAGAGCUUCUCCCAGUAUCCCCCACUGGGUCGCUUUGCCGUCCGCGACAUGAGGCAGACGGUGGCGGUCGGCGUCAUCAAGAGCGUGGAGAAGAAGGCCCCCUCCGGCGGGAAGGUCACCAAGUCCGCACAGAAGGCUGAAAAGAAGAAAUGAACCUUCAUGCGAGACGUCCAGCAGAAAGCGGUGCCUCAGCAGCCGCCGGGUUCCCGUUCUCCUCCUCACCCCCCCCACCCGACGCCGUCUUCUCUGAGGCAUGGAUCUCUACUCAAGGACUGGUUUAUGCUCAUUAAAGCCCAUCGCAAAAGUUUCCGCA